GGGAGACAGUGAGUGAGUGAGUGAGAGUGAGUGAGUGGGAGGGAGGGCGGCAGUCAGAAACAAGCAAACUAAUUCUCACCGAAGAACAGACAGUCGUGCCAGAGCAGGGGCUGCGGUUACUUCACCUCUCCUGACUGACUGACGCUCUUAUUACAUCAACUGAGAAACGUUAUCGGUGCUAUAUCCCCUCCCCCCCCUCCCUCCUCACUUCGAGUUCCAGGUAGCCCAAGUAGGACCAGAGUUUCCAUUUAGGAUAAGGAGAGGUGCUGCUGCUGCUGGUGGUGGUGGUGGUGGUGGGGAGUGAGGCUGCAAACACACGCACCCACACUUCUCCAGAGCCGCGACAACUCAAGGUGAAUGACGUCAUGCCAUUUGGGUGCCUUGCCCUGCGAGAUGGGCGCACGUACGACAGCAUAUCUGAUGUCACAGACAAGUAUGAGAUUGGACAGGUCCUCCGAGCGAAGGAGUUCUGCGAGCUGUGCCUGGCUAAGGACAGACAGACGGACAAGGUGUUCGUCUGCAAGAAAUUCCUCAAGAAAGACGGCAGGAAAGUCCGAAAGGCUGCCAAGAACGAAAUCAUGAUCCUGAAAUUGGUCAACCACCCAAACAUCCUUCAGCUGAUAGACACAUUUGAGACCCGGAAAGAAUACUUCAUCAUCCAGGAACUUGCCACAGGAGGAGACGUGUUCGACUGGAUUCUGGACCAAGGGAAUUACACAGAGAGAGAUGCUUCCAAUGUCAUCAGACAAGUCCUCGAGGCUGUGGCAUACUUACACUCCCUCAACAUAGUUCACAGGAACCUGAAGCUGGAAAACCUGAUGUACUACACAGAGAACAACCACAACAAAGUAGUUCUGCGAGAUUUCUACCUGUCCAGGUUUGAGAACGGACCCAUCACAGAGCCCUGUGGAACACCAGAGUACCUGGCUCCUGAAGUGGUGGCUCGUCACCGAUAUGGUCGUCCUGUGGACUGCUGGGCUGUGGGUGUCAUUAUGUACAUACUCUUAUCAGGUAACCCUCCUUUUUACGAUGAGACGGAGGAGGAGAACACAGAUCUACACAAUCGCAUCAUCUUCUGUCGCAUUGUUGCUGGGGACUUUGAGUUUGAUUCUCCGUACUGGGAUGACAUUUCACCUGCAGCUAAGGAACUUGUCUGUCGACUUAUGGAGGUGGACCAGAUGCUGAGAAUCACAGCACAGGAUGCACUUUGGCAUGAAUGGAUCGCAGGGAACGGUGCCUCAGAGAAGAACCUAAAGGACGGUGUGUGCGCCCAGUUCGAGAAGAACUUUGCAAAGGCUAAGUGGCGGAAAGCGAUCCGCGUCACCACCUUCAUGCAGCGACUGAAGAAUUCCGAGGCGUUAAUUGACAGCUCAGCCGAAGCUCAGGGCGGUGAAGAGGCAGGAGAUACUGAAGGCGGUGUGUCUCAGGGUACAAGCGAUGAGGGAGACAAGGGGACAAGUGAUGGAGGGGUGACGUCAAGUAGCGUGUCUUUAGAGGUUACUGUUGAGAGUACGCCACCAGGUAUGGACCAGGAUGAGGGGAGGAGUAAGAUAGGAGAAAAAGAGGAGGAGAUAAAGACAAGUAUAGGCCCAUCUGUAGGAACUUCCCCAUCAGAUAUUCAGGAGCCUCUGUGCCAAUCAAAUGCAGCCCCCAAAUUCACACAAGAGGAGCCUGAUAAGGUUGGUGCAAAGAGAGCAGCGGGUGAUGGAACCAGGAAAAUGGCUGCCAAUUUGGGUCAAAAUAAAGUCGUUCCAGAAUCCAAACCAACCCCUGCGGUGAUGCCUGAUCCCUCCAAGCUGUUAGAUGGUUCUACGGGCCCUAGUUUUGACAGAAGCCACACAUCUGCCUCCCCUGAGCCAAGCAGCAAACGUAAAAUGGCUGCAACGCUCCAUGGCCCUCCUCCCGCAGCAUCUGCUGAUGCAACAGCCUCACUGGAGAGGAGAGCGGCUACGCAGAAGCAGCAGAAGGAUGAGACUGACGGAAGCUGGUGUCAGACACAAGUACCUGAGGCAGUGGCAGAGAGGUCAGUGGCAGCAUCAGUCACUCCGGCAAUAGGGCCCGGACCUGGGGUGGAUGUAGGUCUAGGAGUUAGGUUAAGGGGUGAUGCUAGCCCUGCGGGAAGAAAGGAUAGGGAUGGCAGUAGAGCAGACAGAUACAGUGCCGAGUUUAGCAUAGCCAGGGCAGGUCCUGCAACAGGACAGGGUUGUUAUGCAGUGGGCAGCUCUGCCAGUUUGGGCCGUCAUGCCACACCAUACACCCCAGAAGUUGGGACUGUUGGGAUGGGCAUGGCAGGAAGCUAUGGGAGUCCAUACAGCUCCCUGUUCAGUAGUGGAGGAGGGGUAGGGUUGUAUGGCACUGGGCUACAGCAUGGAGGAGGCGGGAGCAGCACUACAAGCGACUGGCAAAUGGACAGUGUGAUAGAGCAGAUAGAAAAGCAAAUGGCUGCCGUGCUGGAGAAGAUAGAGGGAGACAUGCCCUCGCUGCUGGAACAAAUCAGUGACUGCCCCGCCGAACAACCACGUGCCCGGAGCACACACGCCUCGCCCGCCACCUCCCGCGCCCGAUCCUCGCAGCACUCUCCGACCACAACCUCUGCCACACCUCCACCUCUUCCCACCUCUCCCAGGCCCGCGCUGCCGUCCCUCCCUCGCCUUACUAUCCCUCCUCCCUCCUAUCCCCCACCCUCUCCACCCACGCAAGCCUCACCCCAGGGUGCAGGAGAGCAGGAGGACAGGGAUGGACAGAGGAGUACUGCCCGUUCCAGCCAAUCACCCAGAGCUGGGAUGGGCAGGGGGCUAUGAAGCAGGUGUGUAUGAUGCAACACCCAACACCUGGAGCUGGCUGUUUAUUCAUAUUGAGAUGACUGACCGAGAGAAAUCUCCCUGUGGCAUUCAAAUAACUGGAGUCUAGGAGGAGUAGAGCACUGCAUUUCUCUUUUAUGAUGGCUGCGAAGACCAAGAUUGCAAAAGUUUGUUUAUUUCUAAAAUCCAGAUUGAGUGCAUGAAUGCUCACCACACAAGCACCUCAUAUUGAAACCCAAGCACAAAAUUAUGAUUCUACACAAGUAAAAACAGUGUAUUAAGCACAGUAUUCUCAGCUAACCUUGAGAGCUAACAGCUGAGAAAGUGUUUUGAUUUGCAUUAUUCCCUACAAACUGUAAAUAAAUUGGGUUCCUAGUUCUUGCUCUACUCACAUGUUGUGAACUUCCUCAUAUCCAAACUGACAACUUUCUUUCAAAUCAGCUCUUCCCAUUUCAUUAUUUUAUUUUUCAUUCCUUUUAUUUAUGUAGCUAUUCCUUCUAUAGUGAGGCUGCAAAAUCAUGAGCUUGCAGUCACACAGUUGUACAGAGGUAUGUGAAACUGAACUGGUCAAAGCUGUUCCACUGGCUGCUGGAGGUUGAGAUUUGUUUUAAUUAUGUAGUAUACUUAAACUUGAACUGUCACUCAAAGUCUUGAGAGUUGCUCCACACCUGUUGGAGAGCUGGGGGAAAAUGUGCAGAUGCAAGAUAUUGUAUAGAGGCUUUGCAAUAACACACACAUACACACACACACACACACACACACACACAUAUACACGUACACAAACAUUUCCUCUUUUUUUUCCAAAGUUCUCCAAUGAUCUUGCCCAGAAAGUUUGUUUUGUCGACAUGUUCGUUUGGUACUGUUAAAUUAGACUAUGCUGUCUAUAUUUGCUCCUUUUUAUUGUGUAAAACAAGUCUUUCUGAAUUUCAUUCUGCUUUUGGAUCUAUGUAAUACCAGGUUCUGUGCUUUUCCCCCUUAACAAGUCUAAACAUCCUCUAUUGUGUCCCUAUGUAAACUGUGCUCUGUUUGCAAGUCUUUCAAUAAAAGUAAAAAAAAAAAAAAUAAGCAAGAUUUUGUGUUGUUUCAAUG